UAAAAUAACCCGAAAGUGUGGUCGUUCCUGAAUCCAACACGAUGGUUGUCAUCGGGGUCUUCACUUUGCUGUUAGCCUUCGAACACCUUAAUGCCCUGCCUGUCAUAGACGCCCCGUGGGGUGUAGUUGAGGGGACCUCAAACGUCACCGAGGACUGGACACCUUAUCAUGCAUUCUUAGGAAUCCCCUUCGCAGUUCCGCCUACUGGGAGCAGACGGUUUAAGCCACCCAAACCACAUCCUGGGUUUAAUCACACCUUCAAAGCCAACAAGUAUGGUCCAGCUUGCGUUCAAACUCUCACGCGGACUGUUGGACAUGGUGCCACUGGGGACGAGGAUUGCUUAACAUUGAAUGUAUUCACUCCAGCCUCAAUUACGGAAACCACGAACAUACCUGUAAUUGUCUGGAUACAUGGAGGGGGAUUCACUGGAGGGAAUGCUUUCGUCUAUGACCCUUCAUCGAUAGUUGCCCAUGGACAGGUAAUAAUGGUGACCAUCCAAUAUCGCUUGGGGCCACUUGGGUUCCUCAGCACAAAGGACGAUGUGUCAGCCGGAAACUAUGGCCUCUGGGACCAACAUCUUGCUCUGCAAUGGGUUAGGAAAAACAUUGCAUCUUUUGGCGGGGACAUCAACAGCAUUACCCUCAUGGGAGAAUCUGCAGGAUCCGCCAGUGUGGCAUUCCAGGCCUUGUACUCAGGGUCCAAGGGUUUGUUUCAGAGGACAAUCAUGCAGAGUGGGUCUGUUUCGUCCUCAUGGGCUCACACAAGGAACUCUCUGAAAUAUGCACGACAACUGGCUCAUAAAGUAAACUGUUCCUCCCAGAGCGAUUCCGCAUCCAUGAUCGCCUGUCUGAGGACCGUGCCUGCCAAAACGUUGGCUGCAGCAUCAUGGCCAAUGGGAAAUGAACCCGUCACAGCAUUAGCCGAGUUCUAUUUUGUACCUACUAUUGAUGGGAUAUUUGUCAAAGACGACCCGUUGUUACUAAUGAGCUCCCCAGGUUAUCUAAAGCAGGUAGGGCUUCAAAAUCUGGACUGCAUGGUGUCGGUGGUAAGCAAUGAAGGUGGGCUGUUCAAGAGACUUUCAAAAGCAGCUGAUUAUCUGUUCCACUCCUCAUUAUCCUCAUCAGUUCAAAACAAGACAUACUACAGGAACACCUUCAUCCCAGAGGUUCUUCAGGUUUAUUUCGGAACAUCCUCUUCUGACAUGACACAGGCCGUAGCGAAGGUGUAUGCCCCCUCUCAAAGUCAUAGCGUUACUCUUCAGGCAGUAAUGAACACUCUUGGUGAUGCUGGAAUGGUUGCCCCAGGGACGCUCUUUGCGAGAGCGCAUUCAAAGCUGAGCAGCAACUUGAAAACGGGGAAGAAGACCUACAUGUAUGUGUUUGACCACAUCCCAUCCUUUAUGAGCGGUCAUGGCAAGGGGAUGGAUCAUGGCGAAGACCUCUAUUACACUUUUGGUCUCAGCAAAGCCAUCUUGGGCGCUUUCGCAAAGGUUUUCCCCAUCAGUUCAACAGAUCCAGAUGAAUCGGAAAGGAAGCUCUCACAAACAUUGAUGGGACUGCUGACAGAUUUUGCAAGAUAUGGUGAUCCCAACAACGCUGUACAGUAUGGCCUGCACCAGACUUGGCCUCAGUUCUCGGAGCCAGGGGAACACUAUCUACUGCUGAAUACCACAAUGUCCGUCGGAUCCAAGCCCUACAAGGACCGGGUCACCUUAUGGACGCAGACACUGCCGCGUCUCCUUCAAGCUGCACAGAACCAGCAUCACACGACGAAGAACCCCCACCCUAACAUUGUCGGUUAGCCAUGCAACGACUGCAAGAUGCUGACUUUUCGAAUUAAAAAAGUGGGAUUUCA